AUCCUCUUGCUUUUAGUGGGCUUUCCCUCUCGCAAAUACCCUCGUAGGAGUUGGAUGCUCCAUUUGGCUUGUCGGAAGGGAAAUUCCUCCGCUCUUCCAGUCACCCCCCCCCCACCCCGCCCCCCUCCGCUCUGUGAUGCUGCCAUGACGCACCACUAUAAUAAGCAUGGGCAGCGAUUCCCUCUGACGUCACACUCGCUUCUGUAUAAAUGCAGUGAGCGGUGGCCACUGAGAGAAAGACACAACAGCAGGAUUACUCGACCUAGACGCCGUCGGAUUUAUUGGCACCACCUCGUCCUCGGUGUAUUGAGAGCAAUGACUUUGAACAAGAGCGACAAAUUGCGGAGCAUGGACAAGAGGAGAUGUAGCACCCCCUUCCCCGUGAACAUGACCCACCUGCACCGGAGAAGCAUGCCCGUGGACGACAGGGACCUGCGCGCCACCACCGCCGUCCACGCGAACGGACAAAGCGAGGAGCUGUCCAAGCUGCUGCGCUGCACCUCGCACUCCCAGAGCGACCAACACCGGGGCAGCUGCGCCUCCGAUUCCUCCGACUCGGUCAUUUCCACUGGCAGUGAGACCGACUCGCAGGUGCACAAGGUGGUUCUCCUCGGGGAGCACGGCGUGGGCAAGUCGAGCCUGGCGCGCGUCUUUGGCGGAGUUGAGGAUGCUGGUCACGACUGCGAUGAAGCAGGAAACACUUAUGACAGAUGUAUUGUGGUGGAUGAAGAAGAAUCAGCCAUUGUGCUCUAUGACAUGUGGGAACAGGACAACAGCCAGUGGCUCAAGGAGCAGUGCAUGAGGAUGGGCGACGCCUACAUCAUCGUGUACUCGGUGACGGACAAAUCCAGCUUCGAGAAGGCGUCGGAGCUGCGGAUUCAGCUGCGCAGGGCCAGACAGUCUGAAGAUAUUCCCAUCAUCCUCGUGGGCAAUAAGAGUGACCUGGUGAGGUCCAGAGAAGUCUCAGUCGAUGAGGGAAGCGCUUGCGCGGUGGUGUUUGACUGCAAGUUCAUCGAGACGUCGGCCUCCCUCCACCACAACGUGCAGGACCUCUUCGAGGGCAUCGUGCGGCAAAUCCGCCUGAGGAAGGACAGCAAAGAGGAGAACGCUCGACGCAUGGCCAACUGCAGGCGCAGGGAGAGCAUCGGCAAGAAAGCCAAAAGAUUCCUGGGCCGCAUCGUUGCGCGCAAGAACAAGAAGAUGGCUUUCAGGCAGAAGUCCAAAUCCUGCCACGACCUCACGGUUCUCUGAGAACCAAAUUGGACACGUGGACUUUUCUUUGGCCUCUGAAGACCCAACGCUGUGUGUGUUUUUUUUUUUUUUUUAUUUGAACACUAACUCAAACGGACUAAUUGAGCUGUACAGAAAUAUAUUUUCGAUAUUUUUUUUUUCCAAGACACCAAAAGCUAAGUCUUGAUUAAAAGAAGACUUGUCAUAUCA